UUUGAAUCAUCUCCUUUUAAACAAAUCUCAUCCGAGUGUUUAGAAGAAGAGUUAAUUAGAAUCUAGUGUGUGUGUGCCGCGAGAGAAAAGCGAAAAUUGGCCGGCGCUGAUUAUGAGGUGGUCGCGGACGCUUUGCGACGAUCGAGUGUUUGUGCGAUAAUACGCUCGUGUACAUAUAGAUAUGUUGAGGCUACAGUGGUGAAUCAUUGCGCGAGUGUGCAUACAUAUAUAUAUAUAGCCGUCUCUCAGUGUUGAAGCAACGGUGUGCACUGGAGCUGGAGCUUCAGCAUCGCACACACACACACUCCACCGCACGACGACGAUGCUACCUGCAAAAGCAGCGGUGGCGUCGGCUCGCGACUCCAAAGUGCAGUAAUAAUAACUAUAAAGGACGCGCACGAAGCAGCGGCAUAAAAAUAUAUAAAAGCAUCGCCGGAGGAGCUUCGGGCAAAGUGUCGCGAUGGUUACCGACAGCUCGAGCCAGAGCGAAGCCACGACGGCGUUUCUGCGCGCCGCUCGGUCGGGCAAUUUGGAGAAGGUCGUGGAGUAUCUGGACCAGCAGCAGCUCGACAUCAACGCGUCCAACUCGAACGGGCUGAAUGCGCUGCAUCUGGCCUCGAAGGACGGCCACUUGGAGAUCGUCGCGGAGCUGCUGAAACGCGGCGCCAAGGUCGACGCCGCGACCAAGAAGGGCAACACUGCCCUGCACAUAGCAUCCCUCGCCGGUCAAACGGAAGUAGUCAACGUACUGAUUAAUUACGGCGCCGCGGUCAACACCCAGUCGCAGAAUGGCUUUACGCCCCUGUACAUGGCCGCCCAGGAGAAUCACGAUCAAGUCGUCAAAGUACUGCUCAACAACGGGGCCAAUCAGAGCCUCGCGACGGAGGACGGCUUCACGCCUCUGGCGGUGGCGAUGCAGCAGGGCCACGACAAGGUGGUGAGCGUGCUGCUGGAGAACGACUCCAAGGGCCGAGUCCGACUGCCGGCGCUGCACAUAGCCGCGAAAAAGGACGACUGCAAGGCGGCGGAUCUGCUUCUACAGAACGACCACAAGCCGGACGUGACGUCGAAGAGUGGCUUCACGCCGCUGCACAUAGCCGCGCACUACGGCAACGAAGAGAUCGCCCGGCUUCUCAUCAAACGAGGCGCCGACGUGAACUAUCUAGCCAAGCACAACAUAAGUCCGCUGCACGUGGCGGCGAAAUGGGGCAAGAACAACAUGGUGAAGAUACUGCUGGAGAGCGGCGCGGCGAUCGACGCCAAGACCCGGGACGGCCUGACGCCGCUGCACUGCGCCGCGCGAUCCGGCCACGAGCAGUGCGUCACCAGCCUCCUCGAGGCCUCGGCGCCGAUCAGCGCGAGGACCAAGAAUGGACUGGCACCGCUGCACAUGGCGUCGCAGGGCGACCACGUGGACGCCGCCCGGGUGCUGCUCUAUCAUCGGGCGCCCGUCGACGAGGUGACGAUCGACUAUCUGACGUCGCUGCACGUCGCGGCGCACUGCGGCCACGUGCGGGUGGCCAAGCUGCUUCUGGACCGCAAGGCCGAUCCCAACGCCCGAGCCCUCAACGGCUUCACUCCGCUGCACAUCGCCUGCAAGAAGAAUCGCAUCAAGGUCGUGGAGCUGCUGCUCAAACACGGCGCCUCGAUCGAGUCGACCACCGAGUCGGGACUGACGCCGCUGCACGUGGCGAGCUUCAUGGGCUGCAUGAACAUCGUGAUUUUCCUGCUGCAACACGAGGCCAGUCCGGAUGUGCCCACGGUGAGGGGCGAGACUCCGCUGCACUUGGCCGCGCGGGCCAAUCAGACGGACAUCAUCAGGAUACUGCUGAGAAACGGAGCGAAGGUCGACGCUCGGGCGAGGGAGCAGCAAACGCCGCUGCACAUAGCGUCGCGUCUCGGCAACGUCGACAUCGUGAUGCUGCUGCUUCAGCACGGGGCGGCGGUCGACACCACGACCAAGGACAUGUACACCGCCUUGCAUAUAGCCGCCAAGGAGGGCCAAGAAGAGGUGGCCGCUAUAUUGGUCGACAACAAUGCAUCGGUAAAGGCAACUACGAAAAAUGGCUUCACGCCACUUCACGUAGCAGCCAAGUACGGCAACACGAAUGUGGCUAAGAUUCUCCUGCAAAAGGAUAGUAAAUUAGAUGCUCAAGGAAAGAACGACAUUACUCCACUGCUGUUGGCAUGUCACUACGACCACCCGAACGUGGCCCAGCUGUUGUUGGAAAAAGGAGCCUCGCCAUUGCUGGCAUCGCAAAAUGGACAAACGGCUCUGCACAUCGCGGCCCGAAAAAAUCAGAUGGACAUCGCCUCGACCCUCCUGGAACACUCGGCCAAGGCCAACGUCGAGUCCAAGGCCGGAUUCACGCCUCUGCACCUCAGCUCGCAGAAGGGCCACUACGACAUGACGAAUCUGCUGAUCGAGCACGGCGCCGAGCCCAAUCACAAGGCCAAGAACGGCUUGACGGCCCUGCACCUGUGCGCCCAGGAGGACUUUAUCAGGGUGGCGUCGAUCCUCGUGAAAAAUGGGGCCAACGUCGAGGCCGAGACCGAGACGGGCUACCGACCCAUCCACGUCGCGGCCCACUUCGGCAAUCUGUCCAUGAUCAAAUUCUUACUGAAACAUGGCGCGGAGAUCGACGUCAAGACCAAGCAAAAUUACACGGCUCUGCAUCAGGCCGCCCAACAGGGACACGCCCACAUAGUCUCGGCUCUCGUCGAAGCCAACGCCAAUCACAGAGCCCCGACUAAUGAUGGACUCACGGCAUUGAAUAUUGCUCAAAAGUUAGGAUAUAUAUCAGUGAUGGAGGUACUAAAAGGUUUAUCGUACGACGGAGUGACUCCGGAUAACAAAAAUUGGGAGGAGAAAUACAAAGUCAUUGCACCGGAAAUUUUGCAAGAGUCUAGUCUUAUGUCCGAUUCCGAUGACGAAGGAGCCUCAGAUGCUUUGAUAAGCGAGCAACCAUAUCGAUAUCUCACUGCUGAUUUGAUGAAGAGCUUGAGGGACGAUUCGUUACCGAUCGACGUGACUCGCGAUGAUCCAGUCCACAGACAACAAUUAUCGCAAGAAGAACAUCAAGAAUUCGUUCAAAGUAGCAACUACUGCGCAGGUGAAAUGUUCGACAGUACCGAUUUCUCCAAGCCACAUUACAAAUCAUUUUUGGUCAGUUUUCUGGUCGAUGCACGUGGAGGAACAAUGAAGGGCUGCCGUCACAGUGGGAUUAGGCUGAUAGUACCACCGAGACGCGCCUCGAUGCCGAUUCGCGUGACCUGUCGCCUCGUCCGACCCAACAAAAUGGCCAUACCACCACCCCUGAUGGAGGGUGAGUCCUUGGCGACUCGAGUAAUCGAAAUGGGCCCAGUCGGGGCGUCGUUCCUCGGGCCCGUCCUCAUCGACAUUCCCCACUUUGCCUCGGUGCGGGGCAGAGACCGAGAGAUCAUCAUCCUUCGCAGCGAAAACGGCGAGACGUGGAAGGAACACGACAACUCGGCCGACAACGACGAUUCCCUUCUCAACACUCCUUUUGACUCGAACAUGAGCUCGCUGCACUCGGGCCGCAUCAGCCGCAUAGUGACGAGCGAAUUUCCGCAGUACUUCGCCAUCGUGACGCGCAUCAAGCAGGAGGUCCACGUGAUCGGCUCCGAGGGCGGGAUUCUGGUGUCGAGCGUCGCGCCCCAAGUCCAGGCGGUCUUUCCCCCGGGCGCCCUGACCAAGAAGAUCAAAGUCGGCCUCCAGGCCCACGUGAUCCCGCCCGAGUCGACGGCCAAACUUCUGGGCAACUGCGUGGCCGUCUCGCCCGUCAUCACGAUCGAGCCGCGACGCCGCAAGUUCCACAAGCCCAUCAGCCUGACUCUGCCCGUGCCCCAGGCCGCCAACAAGGGCAUGAUCAACAAUUACGGCGGCGAGACGCCGACCCUUCGGCUGCUCUGCAGCAUCGCCGGGGGCACCAGCGAGGCCCAGUGGGAGGACGUCACCGGCUCGACUCCGCUGAAUUUCAUGAACGACAAGGUCUCGUUCACCACGACCGUGUCCGCCAGGUUUUGGUUGAUGGAUUGUCGCAACAUACAGGAAGUGCCAAAAAUGGCCACGGAGCUCUACAGAGAAUCUUUAUACGUGCCCUUCAUUACUAAUUUUGUAAUAUACUCUAAGCGUCUUGAAGAAAUCGAAGCUACUCUUAGAAUAUUGUGCAUGACGGACAGCAGGGAAGGAAUAAACACGCUCGAAAGGCAAGAAGAAUUUUCGGAAAUCGUUAAAAGUCGCGACGUCGAGACGCUCGACGGCAAGGAUCUGUACAUCGAGUUCAGCGGCAACCUGGUGCCCGUGACCAAGUCCGGCGUGCAGCUGCGGUUCAAGUUUCACGCCUUCAAGCAGAACCGGCUGUCGUUCCACGUGAAGGUCAAGGAUCCCCAGCUGGAUCCGGUGGCGCGCAUGAUGUUCAUGAGGGAGCCCAAGGUCGUCAAGGGCGAGCCGGCCCAGCAGCCGCUCUGCGUGCUCAACAUCGUGCUGCCCGAUACAAUGUGCCAAAAGGAUUACAAAGGCAUCAAAGAUUCCAAUCUCAUCAAUCAAAAGAUGAACCUCAUGAAGUCGAGCUGGGGCUACGAUUACAGCGAGGAGAAGGGCGACGUGCCCAAGCGCACCUCGCCGACGAAGAGCAAAUUCAUCGUCGACAGCGCCGGUGCAGAAAAAACAGAUUCUUCAUUUAUUCUGCAAGACAUCACAGCAUCACCAGCACCAGAGAAAAAGACAUAUCCUGAAAAAAGGAGAUUUUGGGAAGAUAUGGCCAAGAGUAAAAGAGAAAGUUUUCAGCGCAGCGAAUCAGAAGUUUCCCACACAUCGCAACUUACUUAUCACGACAGUGACAGUGAAUGUUUGAGUGAAGUUCGCGAACGAACCGAGGAAGAAAUUGCAGCUGAGAAAUUAGCGGAGAUGAAUAAAAGCGUUGACGUAUCGCAAUUCACAGUCGCCGAGAAGGCGCAUUACUUCGAAGAAGUAAUUCAAAAAGAAACGACAGCGGCAAGAAACUCGAUAAUAAGCCAGUCGUCGCAAGAAUCUGGAAAAGCUGGUGGAAUAAGGUUAUCAGGUAUUUCAUUUUCUAGUGAAGAUGAAAAAGAUACCCUGGAUAGAGUAGGAAAAUCUCAAGAAAAAACAAUACAAGAAUUGAAGAAACAUAUUGCUGAAACAGCUGAAUCGAAAGUUAUUGUACAGCAAGAAGAAAAAACUAAGGAAACUAAGGAGAUUAAAAAGGACGAAAAGAAAGUGGAAAAAAUAGAAACGAAAAAGAGUGAAGUUAAAGAGACCAAAAAAGAAAUUAAGAAAGAAGAUGAAAAAGACAAGAAAAAAGAAGAAAAGAAAGACGAGUCAAAGGAACAUGAUGAGAAACAGAAGAGUAAGGACGAGAAAAAGACUGAACAAAAAGAUUCAAAAAGUGAGAUUAAAGCUGAGCCACCUAAAAAAGAAAAGAAGGAAAGUUUUCUUUCUAAAGCCUUUUUCGGAAGAAAAAGUGUUGAUAAAGAUGAAAAGAAAGAUGAGCCGAAAAAGAGCUUCUUCGGUCGCAAAAAAGAGGAUAAAGCCUCGAAAUCGGAUGCGAAAAAAGCAGCUGAAAAAGAGUCGAAAUUAAAAGAAGAUAUCAAAACUGCUAAGACUGAACACGAGAAAAAAGAAAAUAUAAUAAAGGCAAAAGAACAAAAAGUUGCUGACAUUGUCAAGACUGAAUCAUCUGUACUUAAAAAAGAAACAGUAAGUAAAGCUGGAGACAAUUUGUCGACUGGGAAAACGGACAUGGAAAAAGAAAGUAAGGCAAAAGAGACGAAAAUGCAAGAAAACGUUGAAAAGAAACUGCAAGAGGCAAAAGAAGAAUUGCGAGUAUCCAUGUCUGAAAUAAAGAAAGAUGAAUCGAUCGAAAAUAAACAUAAGGAAACUGUAACUCAAAUCACUGAGGAGUUAGAUAAAGAUAAGUCGACUGAAAAGAAAUUGCAAGACGCAGAAACUGAAAAAUCAAAGAUUGACGCGCCGAAAACUGAUUUACCUGAAAAAAUAGUUCAUGAAACUGAAUCACACGUUUCAGAAACUAAAGCAAAAACAGAGAAGUUAAUCGAAGGAAAAUCAUUAGAUAGGGACAUAAAAACAGAUGUAACACAUUUAAGUAAGGAUGAAUCCGAAAAACAAGAAAAGUCAGAAGAAAAAUCUAAAAAUAAAAUUGCAGAAUCGACGCCUGGUAAAGAAAAACUAAAACAAGAAACAAGUUCAAAACCCAUUCCUAUACAACAAAAGUCAAAGGAUGAGAAUCUUUCGAAAUCACCACCUAAGAAAGGUACGAUGUCAAAAUCUCCUCCCAAAAAAGAUUUGGUUUCUAGAUCACCGCCUAGCAAAGACAGACCUCAAGAUUUAUUAUCAAAAUCUCCGCCUAAAAAAGAUAAACCAAAAGAAGUAAAGCUUUCUAAAUCACCACCAAAAACGGAAAAAUUUUCUCCCAAGUCGGAGAAAUCGAAAAAUGUUAUGGGAUUGGAAGGAAAAUCUGACAAAAUGGAAAAAACACCCGAUAAGAAAAAAACAGAAACAAUCAGUACAAAAGAGAAAAAGGUCGAGGAAAAAGUUGAUAUUAACUUGGAUAAAUUGAAAACAGAAGGUGAGAAAACACUGAUUGCAGCUACGUCUUCGGUGAAAAGCGAAACAAUUACUACAGCAACUAAAGUUGAUUCAGUAGUGAUCAGUAAGUCGUCUGUAGAAAAAACUUCAGAAGUCAAAAGCAUAAAAAGUAUUGAAAAAACUGAAGAGUUAAAGGACGCGUCAUCGAAAAAAGAUCAAAUACCUAUUGUUCCUGAUGUUUCCGCUGCAACGGGAAAAGUCGAUCCCAAUGUUUCAAAAGACACAUCAGUGAAGAAAGAUCUUGGAAAGGAAGUUAUUCCAACGAAUAUUUUAUCAUCCACAUCAAAAACUUUAGAAAAAGUCGGGGAUGUUGAUGUUCAGAAAUUAAAUCUUCAGGACACGGCCAAAAAGGCAGAAAAUUUAAUUUCAGAAGUUCAGACCAAUGUAGCUGCUGUGGAUAGUUUUGUACAUUCUAGUAUGAAAGAGGAUCAUUCGAGGAUAUCGCCUCCAAAAGAUUUAAAUAUUGGAAUGAAAUCUCAAGAUAAAGAUAUUUCAUCUGAUUUCUCAUCUUCCCAAGAAAUUAAAAGACCAACUUCUAUGACUAUACCUCUUGAUUCACGACCGAUAAUGGCAGUAUCUAGUAAACCAAAAGAUAGAUCUAUAACUUCGAUGCCUUCAACUAUGAUUACUAGAGAUUUUGGUGCACCCUCUAUCUCAAGGAGUAAACAAGCAUCUCCGCCGAAAAAUAAAAAACCACAGGCUCAAGAUAAGAAAAUAACAAAAGACAAACCUAAAGAUAAACCCAAGGACACGAAAGCUGCAACCACAUCAAAGAACGAAAAAGAACCAGAAAAACCUACUGCAGUGAAAAAGGAGCAAUCUAAAGAGGAAAUACCAAUUAAAACUCCAUCAAAAAGUGACAAAGCACCAGUGAAAGCAGAUGUUUCAAAGCCAACUUUACUUAAAAAGGAAAAAUCGAAAGAAGAUUUACCAGAAAAAUCUACGACUAAAACUGAUAAAAUCACUUCGAAAGAUGAUGUUUCUAAAACACUUACGACUAAAAAGGAGAAAUCUAAAGAAGAAAUUUCUGUUAAAACGCCAGCAAAAACGCCGGUAAAAGAAACUGCAGUACCUGGAGCGAAAAAACAAUCUGAAGCUAAGACUAUACAACCGGUAAAAUCUAAAUCACCUCCUAAAGGAUCUCCACCGAAAAGUUCUCCGCCAAAAAGUUCUCCACCGAAAAGUUCACCUCCGAGAAGUUCUCCACCAAAAAGUUCGCCUCCAAAAAGUUCACCACCCAAAAGUUCUCCUCCGAAAAGUUCACCACCAAAAGUAGAUGUUUCAAAAUCAUCUUCAUCUACCACUGUUAAAAGAGAAUCUUCAAAGGAUGAAAUAUCAAAAUCGAUGAUUCCUAAAAAAGAGAAAUCUAAAGAUGAAUUUUCUCUGAAAUCACCGCCAGGCAAAACAAAAACUGAUGAUGCUAGUACGAUUCCUGUGAAACGUGAAGCAUCGAAAGGAGAAAUACCAAAGUCUAUGAUACCAACAAGGGAAAAAUCUAAAGACGAAAUCUCUUUAAAAUCACCGCCAGGCAAAACGAAAACUGGUGAUGCUGGUUUAAUUUCUGUAAAACGAGAAACAUCGAAAGGAGAGAUACCAAAGUCUAUGAUACCAACAAGGGAAAAAUCGAAAGAUGAAAUUAAUGUAAAAUCUUUGGCUUCAAAAACAGUUUCUAGCGUCACUUCCUCAAGUGUGACACAAGAACCAAUGGAUAUUGGGUUAACGAAAUCCUCUCAAGAACAUAAAAAGAGUGAGGAAUCCCCAAUUUUGAGUUUACAAAGAGAAACUUCUAAAGGAGCUAUUCCAAAAUCAAUGAUUCCUAAACGAGAAAAAUCGAAGGAUGAAUUCGUGUCAAAAAUAGAUGUAGCGGAUAAAAAAUCACUUAAUACUGCUGCUACAACUACUACUAUUACUACAGCUUCAGUUUCUAUGAAAGAUGAAUCUCAAACAAAAGUAGAAAUUAAAAAUGAUCAAAUAUUAGAUCCGUUAAAACUAUUAAAAGAUAAUGCAAAAUUAAUUGAUUCAAAAUUGUCAACGGUUGAGCAAACUAGUAAAAUUCUAAGCUCAUCUCCGGAAACAAUUGAUCAGAAAUUCAAAGAUUCUCCCCUUGCUUUGAAGAGACCUGAUUUAAAAGAUCCUAGAUCAUCAGAAGUUUCUAUUUCAAGCGAUGAUGAUAGAUCAUUGAGAGAUUUUGAAGAAAUAGAACGUCUUAUCGAAGAAAAGGGUAAACACGAACCUUCACAAGUAUCAACAUUAUCGAAAGCACCUUCUGGUCCAGGCCUACUGAAACACGAUGCUCUAUCAUCAGUCAGAUUAUCAGGCGUCUCUUUAUCUAGUGAUGAUGAGCGAUCGCUCAAAGAUUUUGAAGAAACGGAAAGACUGUUGAAUGAAAAAAUUAAACAAGAAAGUAGUGACUUAUCUGAUCACUCGAUUUCAAGUGCAAAAGACAAAUCGAAAAUAGAAUCUACACCAUCUCCGCUUUUGAGAAGAGAUGAUUUGGCAACGGCCAGAUCGUCAGAAUUGUGCUUUUCAAGUGACGAAGAGAGAUCGUUAAGAGACUUUGAAGAAACAGAAAGGUUGAUUAAAGAGAAAGCCAAAAAAAUGUCUUUCAUUCCAGUCAGAGAAAAAUCGAAAGAAGAAAUCAUUUUGAAGAGAGAAAAAUCGAAGGGUGAAAUUCCAAAAUCAGCCGUACCUAAAAGAGAAAAAUCGAAAGAAGAGUUUUCAAUGAAGCGGGAAACUUCUAGGGGUGAGAUUCCUAAAUCAUCUAUUCCUAAAAGAGAAAAGUCGAAAGAAGAAUUCACAAUGAAACGGGAAACUUCUAGAGGCGAAAUUCCCAAGUCAGCUAUUCCGAAAAGAGAAAAGUCGAAAGAAGAAUUUUCAAUGAAGCGAGAAACUUCUAAGGGUGACAUUCCUAAAUCAGGUAUCCCUAAAAGAGAAACAUCUCAGGGUGAAAUUCCUAAAUCAGCGAUUCCCAGAAGAGAAAAGUCAAAGGAAGAGUUCUCUCUGAAAAGGGAAACUUCAAAAGGAGAAAUUCCCAAGUCCAUGAUACCGAAAAGAGAAUCAUCGAAGGGAGAAAUCCCGAAGUCUAUGAUACCAAAACGAGAAUCUUCGAAGGGUGAAAUCCCUAAAUCUAUGUUACCGAAACGAGAAGCAUCAAAAGGAGAAAUUCCUAAAUCUAUGAUACCAAAGAGGGAAAAUUCUAAAGAUGAAUUCUCAAUUAAAAGAGAGACUUCAAAGAGUGAAAUUCCAAAGUCGAUGAUUCCUAAAAGAGAAAAGUCAGGAGAUGAGUUUAAUCUUAAACACGACUCUUCAUCUUCUGAUUCAUCAAAAGCUGCUGAAUCUCUGAAAAGAGAAACUUCAAAAGGUGAGAUACCGAAGUCUAUGAUACCUCGUAGAGAACCUUCUAAAGAAGAAAUUCCAAAGUCGAUGAUUCCUAAGCGAGAAAAGUCCAAAGACGAAAUUGGAUUGAAAAGAGAAUCGUCCAAAAGCGAAAUACCUAAAUCUUUAAUACCAAAGCGAGAAAAGUCUAAGGAUGAAAUUGCAAUCAAGAGAGAAGCAUCAAAGGGAGAAAUACCUAAAUCUUCAAUUCCUAAAAGAGAACCUUUAAAAGGUGAAAUACCCAAAUCUUCGAUACCAAAGCGAGAAAAGUCUAAGGAUGAGAUUGCAAUCAAGAGAGAAGCAUCGAAGGGAGAAAUACCAAAAACUUCUAUUCCCAAGAGAGAAUCUUCAAAAAGUGAAAUACCUAAAUCUUCGAUACCAAAGAGAGAGAAGUCGAAGGAUGAAAUCGGAGUUAAAAGAGAAUCUUCAAAGAGUGAAAUACCAAAAUCGACGAUACCAAAAAGGGAAAAAUCCAAAGACGAAAUCGGAGUCAAAAGGGAAUCGUCCAAAAGCGAAAUACCGAAAUCUACCAUACCAAAGAGGGAAAAAUCAAAGGAUGAAAUCGGAGUCAAGAGAGAGGCCUCGAAAGGAGAAAUUACUAAAACGAAAUCCAGGUUCGAUUCGCCAACGGCAUCGUCCAUGGCUAAACACGAUAAAUCUAAGGAAGAGACACCGAAAAAACUAUCGGCACGGGAAAAGUCCAAAGAAGAGAUACCGAAAAAAUUACCAACACGAGAAAAAUCGAAAGACGAUUUACCCUCGUCGAAAUCAAUUGCCAAACGGCGCGACUCCAAGGAAGACUCAUCGAAACCUUCUCCGAAAACUCCAUCGAAGUCCACGAUUUCAUCGACCCGUCGCGAUUCGAAGGAGGACUCUCCCAAAUCCGUACCGAAGAGACCAACUUCUUCGCGAGAUUCAUCCAGAUCGUCGAGUCUGUCCAUAAGCGAUAAUACCUCGUCUCCAAAAACUUCGAUAAAAUCGGUAAAGAAAGAAUCCGACUCGUCGUCGUCGACGUCAACGAGCGUCGACACGAAGAAACAAGCCGUAAAAGAUUCGAGUGCGAGUGGUCCAAAAGAAGCCUUAACAUUGUCCACGGAUACAAGUGCCUUAAGCAAUAGCGAAUUACUAUCGUUCGAUACUGCCAAACAGAUCUCCGACGUCAAGUUAACGUCGCAAAUUGUAUCUGGUGCUCAAAAAUUACUGGAUACUCAAUUCGGUACCACUUCCAUCGAAACGAUCGGCAGCACAACGGUGAUAACGUCGAGCGCGAUGCAAGACAAAUUCGGCGAUACUUUUGAUACAAUGAAAACCGGCGCGCGAGAGCCCAAAUUUUCCGAGAGCGAGAUACUGAAUUCGGGCUCGUCUCUGCUGGACGACACCACGACGACGGAUCUCAGCUCGACGCGCGACAGCAUCAGUUUCAGUCUCAGCGGUGACAUCCUCACCCGAGACGAGUCUUCUCUGUCGUCUCAGGUGAUUCAGGCGCCGCUAUCAACAACAGCAGCAGCACCACCACCAGCCGCCGUCGUCGAUGGGAAAUUCGUCUCAUCGCUGUCGGGAGCUCGAGUUCUGGAGAUACUGGAGCCGGAUCAGGACGGCCAGUCGAGACAGGACUCGAUGGAUAUCUCGUCGUCGAUCGAGGUCGACGACUGGAAACUGACGUCCGCCGAGUCGAGAAAGAUCGUCGGUGGCAACGCAACGACGAUGCACGAGAGUCCGGCCGUCGGCUCGUUGGAUCGGCUGGAUCGCGAGUUCAACGCCAACAGCCCGACGUUCUCCGAGGGUACGAACGUCGAUUACUCGCUGCCGCAUGACGUCAACAAUACGAGGCUGGAUUCGGGACUCGAGCAACUAGUGAUCAGAAAGAAAACGGACUCGUUCGAGUUGGAGAGUCCGCCUCUGGUGUCGCCCAGAUUGAAGGUCAAGGAGUUGGAGAUCAAACCGGUCGAGUGGAUACUGGGCGAGGAGAAGCUCGAGGUGAAGGAACAUCUGGAGCCGUCUCAGGCGUUCGACAAGGAGCUCGACGAGUACCAGUCGUUGUUGGCCCAACAGCAGCAGCAGCAACAAGGUACCGAAGCCGACGGUAAAUCGACGACCAAGCCCAGAUUCACCAUCGUACCGGCGGCCGAGCCGGACUUCGAGUUCGAGAAGGAGCUGGUGGAGAACAAGCUGGACAUCAGCUGUCAGGAGCUGAUGGACACGCUGCAGCGCGAGUACGAGGCCAAGACGCCCACCGACGACCGACUGGAGGAGAUGGCCGCGAGAUCGUUCAAUUUCAGCAUGACCGACGAGGAUCUCGAGAGGGAGAAGUUCAAGGUCGAGGGACACAAGGUCGCCGUGGUCGGCGGCGAUCUGAUCAAGACCGCCGUCAACGUGAUCGAGAGCGAGCGAUUCGUUCGGCUUCAGGAGAGCGGCGGCGGCGGCGGCGGCGGCGGCGGCGGCGGUGGCGACAGUCCGAUGGUGCAGCUGCGCGAGGAGCAGUACGACAGCUCGAUGCAGCAGCAGCAAUCCGACGAUCCUACCAAGACGACGACGAAACCCACGCGAACCGAGCCACCGCGCGAGGGCAAAUUCGACGCGAAAGCCAAGAGUCUGGAGGAGCAGAAGCGAGCGGAAAAGCGGGAAAAAUCAUCCUCGUCCCAUCACAAUACUUCACCGAAAACGAAGAAGGAAGAUUCGAAGAGCGACAGCGGUGGCGGCGUCGUGGACAUGAGCUCGAGAUACGCCAUCACGGUGCUCGAUCAGGUGGUGAAGAAGGAGAUCGCCGAGGUCAAGGAGAAUCUCGAGGCCGCCAAGCAGGACCUGAUCGAGGAGCUGAGCGCCGAGACGGGCGAGAACGUGGUGGGCCAGAUCCAGGACUCGCCGUCGGAGUUUCAGCUGGUGGGACUGCAGCCCGAGUCCAUACCCAACGAGCUGCCGUUCCUGUACAAGGCGCCGUCGAGCGAGCGUGUCAGCGAGUCCGAGAACUUCUCCACGACGUCGUCGUCGUCGCCGGUGGCCAAGCCCCGAAGACUCAGCCGUGGCGACGGCAGCUCGACCGAGAGCAGCUCCGAGACGAAGAAGAUCGGCGGUGGCGGCGAGGUGGGAGCAGCGUCGACUCGUAUCGCGACCAGUGCCAGCGAGGCCAUCUCGAUAACGCUGGACAAGGGCAAGGACAGCAGCGGCGGUGACUCGUCCAUAUCGGUGACGUCUCCCGUAGCCGCGAGCCGAUCGAGCUCCGACGAGGCCACGGCUCCACCAGCAGCAGCGGCUCAUAAAGACGAUCACUCGUCGUUCUCUCUGCAACCGCCUCAACCGGCGCCUCGCAGACAGAAGCAGCAGCAGCCCACGUCCGAGAGCGAGGCCGACCUGUCGAGCAGCGAGAGCAAUUAUCAAUCGCUCGACUACGAUCGCAGCCACGGCAGUCGACCUUUGUCGGCCGACGUCGACGCCACCAUGAUCCAGUCCUCCUCGGAGUACGAGACGGCGAUGCUCUCGUUCGAGCACUCGUCGUCCAAGGCCACGUCGCAGGACUAUCUCACCGCGGCGCAGACCCUCAGCUCCAAGGACUCGAUGAGGUCGGCGACGUCGGUGAGCUCGGGCCAGUUCUGCAGCCUCGACAGCGCCAGCGAGAUCAGCGAGACGCUGAUGGCCGACGAGCCCGAGCUCGACAAGGACGACAUCGACGAGAAUUUGGAAAAUAUCCUGGACGACGAUGACGCGGUGCAGCAGGUGGUGACAACAACGGCAGUAGCAGCGGUAGCAGCGGGAAAGCCGGCGGCGGUGGGUACCGUUGAGGCUUCCGUUCCCAGUCUGAUGAAACGCUCGAGCGAGAUGAUCUUCACCGAGCUGAUCAGCCAAGUUUCAUCGAACAAAGGAACGGUAGAAUCAACGAAAACUGCCGCUCCCAUCCCCGCUGCAACCGACUCCGCGAAAAACGCGCGUAAAGAAGCUUCACUUCAAAAAGACAAUCCUCUGGAAACAACCAGUCAGAUAAUCGAUCUAAUCCUGGCCAGAGUAGAGGACACCGCCAACAAAAAAUCAUCGUCGUCGGCCUCACUGAUAACGACGACAACGUCAUCGAGCGAGCCGCUCGACAGCUUGAACAUAUUGUCGACGAAAAGUCACGAUCCCUACUCGUUCGAGCCCGACUCGUUGGAGAUAAAGCCGCAACAACAGCAGCAGCCAAAGUUAUCGUCCUCGCUCGAGGACAACAACGUCAUGUCGAGCUCGGUGACGAGCGACUCGGGCCUGACGCUGCAGCAGCAGCUCAGCAUGACCUCGUCGUCGAUGUCGGGCGUCUCGCUCGAGACCGUGAUCGAGAAGGAGAUCGAUAACAAGUCCGACAGCGACUCGUUCGAGCUCGUCGAUAAGCCGGAUCUCAUCGACGACUUUGUCGUGGUCGAGGAGGUCGGCCGCGAGGCCGAGGAAUUCGACUCCGAAGGCAAGGGAAUCAGAAUUAGCUCGAUGCAAUACACGAGCAACAAAAAUUUCGAUCGCGACGUGGAGAAUCUGGUUAUCGAUAAGAAAGACACCAAAACCAGCGGUAGUCAAGCGCGCUCGUCGUCGUCGUCGUCGCGCGGCGUCACGACGCAGGAGCAGCAGCUCUUCGACUUCGACGCCGAGGACCAGGUGGAGAGCCCGCCCCAGGUGUCCGGCGGCGAGGACCAGGAGUACUCGCAGUCCUACUCGGACGAGGAGCAGUAUCAGGAGGGCAGCAAGAAGUGGGUGGAGAUGCAGUUCCAGCAGAACGAGGCGCGCCUCUACGAGAUGGAGUACGAGCGCGGCGGCCCCCUCGAGGACAUCAAGGAGGAGGAGAUCGCCGACUUCGACGCGAGCAGCCGACUGGGCAGCCUCGGCAAGGAGUCCAUCGGCAGCGUGGGCAGCAUGCGCGGCGGCAGUUUCGGCAGCACGCCCGACAAUUUCGAGUCGCUGGCGGCCAAGCGACUCUUCAAGGAUCACGACAAUCUGUCGCUGAGCUCGCUGCAAGAGUUCGAGCAUCUCGAGACGGCCGUCGCGCUGGAGAACGUCAACAAGCGACGCGGCGGCGGCGGCGGUGGUGGUGCCGGUGGCGAUCAGCAGCAGCACAGCAGCGGCUCGCAGGGCUCCUCGGCGAGCAACGGCAGUCUGCCGCGACGCUAUCACUCCAGCCGAUCGGAGCACGACGACGCCAGCGUCUCGUCGGUGCGCGACUUCGAGUCGUUGGAGGCCGCCUGCCGCGACGCCCAUCAGAUCGAGCUGCGAGCUCGCGAGGAGGAGGACCUGCUGGACAACGAGAGCCCCGAGAACAGAUUCAAGCUGGAGAAGCUGGCGAGGAUCAUCAAGGCGGAGGCUGCUGGACAGGAGGGUGGCGGUGGCAGCGCCGCGGGCUCGUUCAAUCCGAGCACCUCGGGCUCGGACGAUUACGAGAAGCGCAUCCAGGAGAUCGAUGACAUCAUCAGGAUGGCCAAGGAGAACGUGCAGCACAUCGACGAGCUGCGUCAGGCGGGCGGCGAGGAGGCCGGCGACGACGGAACAGUGACGAUGACGACGACGCAGCAGUGGUCGAGCGUGACGACCAUGAGCUCAGGUGCCGGCAGCUCGGUCACGGUGGUUCACGCGGCCGCGGGCGUGUCCUCGAGCUCGAUGACGACGACGACGACUACGACGACGCAGCAGGUGCAGGUACUCUCGCCCGGAGCUUCGUCGCAAAAAGCUUCAUCCAGAGGAUCGACCGAGCUGAAUCUCAUGGAGACCAGCACGGACUCGCUGGAGGGUACCGGCGCCCAGAACUAUCAGAGCAUCAUGUGUCGCAGCUCGGACUCGCUCGAGCUCCAGAAGACCUUCAAUCAGCCGUCGCUGAGCUCGGACUCGCUCAACAACGUCAAGAGUCCGUCGCGCGAGGGCGAGAAGCGCCUGAGCAGCAGCCGAGUGUCCUCGGACAGUCUUGAGUUUCCUGUGCAGGACUCGCAGGACUCGAGCUUGGGCGGCAAGGACAAGAGCAGCGCCAGCGAGAGUUAAAUUUCGAGAAAGAAGUCGAAGGAGGAAUGUGUUGGUACGAGUCACGCUUUUAUAUAUAUUUUUAUUUUUAUAAAAAAAAAUUUCUUUUAAUAGAGCCGGUGUGCUUGUAUUUUUAGAUAAUGGACCACGAGGAAUUUUAAUAAAAAAAAAAUAAAAACAUUUUAUAAUGUUUACCAAACAGUCAGCUGAGAGAUGAUUCUUUUGAAAUCCAAUUUUAUCGAUGGAGAGAAAUUGCUGCACAUUUAUAUUAUAUUAACAUAUAUACGAUAAAUGAAAAAUGAUCGAGGGAGAAACUAUCUAGUCAGAAAAACCAAAGAUACUGAAGUUUUGUUUGCCUUUCAACGGUGAAAUACAGAACGACGCAUUUAUAUACGUUUGAAAUUAAAAAUUUAAAUGGAAUAAUAGCAUAAUUUAUACAUAUUAGCUGUUGGAGCUUGAUAUCGACGUAAGUAUUAACGGGAGACAUAAUUUUACAUUGUAUAAAAUGAGUAAAAAUCGCUGAAAUACCAUCGCUGUUUAAGAAACAAAAAAGACUCGCGAUAUUAUUAACAAAAAUAUUAUGUACUUGUCGUUUUUUGGACUGCUUGUUUGUGUAUAAAUAAAAUUAAUUAAUAAUAAAUAAAAGAGAAGAGUAAGAAAAGAAGUUAAGUACUAGUGUCUAUGUGUGUACGCGAAACAGAAUUAAACGGAAGAUGAAACAAAUAUAAAUGAAUUAAAUAAAAUGAAGCAUAUGCGCGCUGAGUGAGCUUUAAACUAUACGCGUAUAUAUAUAUAUAAUUUAGAGAAUUAUAUAUCGAAGAAUUUAACGACGACAACGCUUGAAUAAACGUUUUUCACCUUUUUUUUGUUUUGUGAUACUUGAAUGUCUAAAUAUAAAUACGGCGCGAGGCUCUCGUUUUAUAUUGAAGCAUUAAUAAACGAUUUUACGCUUUUGAUCGCAGGCAGUAAUUUUAAAUAUAUAUUAGACGCGGAUAGGCCGAUGAUUAUAAAUGGAAAAUCUUUGCAAUUAUGAAAAUUAACGAGAUACAUAAAUUUCCCCAUCUCUCUCUUUACGUACGCCGUAUAUUAUGAUAUACCUAUAUAUAAAUAUACACGCGCAUUAAAUCGCUUCCUACGCUGCUAAAAUUUAUAGUUACAUAAAAACAAAAAAAAACAUUUGUACUCGUCGAUGUGAUAUGUGUAUUCGUAAUGUGCAUCGGUAUACGUGUAUAAGAAUGAUUUAUGCGCCGAAAUGUACUUUUUCUUUGUUGUUGUUGUUGUCGUCGUGCAGUGAGCGUAUACAAGAGACAUGAUAAUUAAUUUAGCAUUGUACUACGUGGUAUGAGGUAAAAUAAUUCAAGUGAUCGAUGUCCGAGCUAUCGCACUUUUUUUUCAUUAUUUUCUUUUCCUGAAGUUACUCGUUUAUAUUUUUAAUACAUAUAAUAUUUGACGAACGGAUAAUCAGCGGCAUGGCAUAUUAUAAUACGAUAAGUUAAUGGCUCGUUUCGAUUUUUUAUAUUAAAAAUAAGCGAAAAAAAGUGAUAUAUUUACAUACAUAUUUAUGAACGUUCAAAGAAGAAGAUGAAGAGCUCCUCGUCGGUAUUAUACUAGGAUAAUAUACAGCGAACUAAAAAUGCACACACACACUUGAAAAAAAAAAAACAGACACACAGGUCGCGAAUGGAACGCUAUGAUUUGUAUAGAGUGAAAAAUUAAUAAAUGCACAACACUCGAUGAUCGAGCAGAGCUGCCGCUUCUGCUAUCGAUGAGAAAUUUAUAUCGAAUGACGGAAAAAAAAAAUAAACAAAUGAUAACGAAAAAAGAGAAAAACGGCACAAGAUCGCGUUCGCUUUUGACGUUUGGCGCUUUUUUAUAUAUAUUGAUUAUUAUCAUUAUUGAAACUGAAUAUCAUAUAUCGUACGUUAGAAUGCCCGAAAUCAGUCACACAAACUCGCUCGUAUAUUAUAAUAAUUCACCUGUACUUCAGAGAGAGAGAUCGCGGCGUGCGACAAAGAGAGAAAGAGA